AUGGUUUCUUCAGUCUUUUUCGGAGCUGCCCUCUCCGCUUCACUGGCAGCAGCGUAUGCACCAGGUCUUGAACUUGUUUACUCCCUCGAUCGAGCUACUCAAGGCAUCGCUAUCUCCGCCGACGGCCGCAAGUUUCUUUCUCAACGUUACUCCCUCACCGCAGCACCUCAAGCUGUUGAGCUCUUGAACGACAACACGACAAGACUGUAUCCUAACGCAGCUUGGAACUCGUAUAACGCGAGCGACAACUCUUCUGACCCGUAUGAGACCUUCGUCAGCAUUGAUGGCGCACGCAUUGGUCCCGAUGGACGCUACUGGCUUGUGGAUGGCGGUUCCUCUGGUCUCAAUGGCUCUACUAAACUGGUCGGCGUCAAUCUGAGCAACGAUACUGUUGACAAAAUCUAUCAUCUCGACAAUAUCAUUGCCUCCGACAGUGGCAUUGAUGACGUUCGCUUCAACGCAGCUGCAGAAGUUGCAUACCUCAGCGAUACCGCUGGUGCACUUGUCGUCCUAAACAUGACUUCUGGUACUGGCGUCCGCGUCCUCGUCGACGAUCCGUCAGCUGUUGCCUGGUUUCCCAUGAUGUACAAUGGUACUCUGGUUCCAGGCUACCAGGGCGCGGAUAGUACUUUGGCUGUUGGACUUGAUCAGAUAGAAGUAUCUCCUGAUGGCACCUGGCUCUACUAUCAACCCUGCAAUGGUGGCCUCUACAAGAUCGAGACUUCUCUCGUCGAUGCCUCCCUCACCAACUCUACUCUUGCAGCGACUCUGGGUGAUUACGCCAUCCCGGUCGCAUUGACCCCUUCCACUGGUGGUACAACUAUUGACGGAGAUGGGAACAUCUAUUUCAGCGAUACCAACCUCCUCGCCAUCUGGAAAGUUACACCCGAAGGCAGAGCGACUAUUCUGGUUCAAGAUGAUGCGCUAAUCUGGACUGAUCUGAUGUGGGUCACUGCGGACAAGAAGCUGUGGCUACCUGCUAGUCAAAUGAGACCCGGAGCUGAUGGAUUGAUGGCCCAAGGUCCCAACAACAUCUUCACUUUCCCUAUUGAUGCUGGUCCGAGUCCGAUUGAUCAUGCUUGA